AUGUCGUCGGGCCGCCCCCCAGCCCCGUCCCCGCCGCCGGGGGGGCUCCCCGGGCCCCCCGCCCGCCGCCGCCGCCGCUGCCGCGGCCCGGCCCCGGGGCCCCCCCCGGGCUCCCCGCCCCCCGCCGCGCCGGGCAGCAAUGACGUGUUCGUGACGUCACGCUCGGAUUUCCGGGCGCAGCUGCGGCGCUGCCAGCGGCUCCUGGCGCCGGGGGGGGGUCCCGGGGGGGCUCCCGGUGCCGGUCCCGCGGAGCUGCGGCUGCACGGGCUGGGGCUCGCCGUGCCCCGCACCAUCAACCUGGCGCUGCAGCUGCAGGCGGGCGCGGGGGGGGCCCUGCGGCUGCACGCCAGCACCUCCUCCGUGCCCCUGCGGCCCCCCCGCGCCCGCCGCCCCCGCCGCGACCGCCGCGACAGCGACGACAGCGACGACGGCGAGCGCGAGCCCCCCCGGCACAACUCCGCCAUCCACAUCCGCCUCUGCCCCGAGCCCCCCUGCGCCUGAGGCGGCGCCCCCCACCCCAACCCCGGCCGGGGGUCCCCGAAAUGCGGGGGGGACAGCCCGGGACCUGCCCGGAGACCCCCGGCCCGGGGACCGGGCCACCAGAACCCCCACCAGGGCCACCAGAAUGUCCCUGGGGCCACCAGAACAUCCCCUGGGCCACCAAAAGCUCCCCAGGGCCACCAGAACCCCCCCGGGGCCACCGGAAUGUCACUGGGGCCACCAGAACAUAUCCAGGGCCACCAGAACCCCCCGGGGCCACCAGAACCUUCCCAGGGCCACCAGAAUGUCCCUGGGACCACCAGAACCCCCACCAGGGCCACCGGAACAUCCCCGGGGCCACCAGAACCCCCCCGGGGCCAC